GCUGUGCAGGACCCAGCACCUCGCCCACCCCCCCCGCACUCCUCUCCUCCGGGCCCUGCUGGAUCUGGUUGCACACCCCUCCCUCUCACAAGAGACCUGGCAUCCAUCUCUCUCUGUGCUGUGGUCAAACAAGGCCUUUAGAGAAGAAUAAAUUUACACAGAAGGCAUUAGAUCUGGCAUUGCGAUACUUCUUGCCUCCUUACAGUUUUCAGAUUCGUGUUGGUGCUUUGUAUCUUCUGUAUGGAUUAUAUAGCACACAACUCUGUAAGCCAAAACAAAAGAUCAGAAUUGCUCUCAAGGAGUGGUUUGAAGUUCAGAAAUUUCAACAGGAUCUGAUAACUGCCCAGCAUUAUGAUGCAGCAUAUAUAUUUAGGAAGCUGCGACUAGACAAAGCAUUUCACUUUACAGCAAUGCCCAGACUACUGUCCUUCAGAACUAAGAAAAAGAUUCGGGAAACUGAACUUAAAGAGGAAUUUAAGGAACUAAAUAAUCGAGUAAGCAGGCUCAUCACUAAUGAUGUGUUAGAGGAAAUGAUGAAUGUUCAUGACCACUAUCAGAAAAUGAAGUGUUUGAUCUCCACUGACAAAUCCCAGCCAGACAAGGCUCUGAGUUUGAUAAAAGAUGAAUUUGUAAUUAAUAUUAAGAAUAUGAUUUUGGAAUAUCAACACUGGCAGCAGGACAAAAUGAAAUUCUUUGCGAAGGGUAAAGAGAGUGAAGAAAUGACUGACAAAAAGGAAGGCGGGACUUCUCAAGACUCAGAAAGUUCUGAAAGAGCAAGUGCACUGGCUAAAAUCAAAUACAAAUCCUAUAGUGCAGUUGCUCAGGCCUCCAAAUCAAGAAGGCACCGUCAAGUUAAACUAGAGUCUUCUGAAUCUGGGUCUGAUCAGGGAAAAAUGGAAACUCCCAGAUGUAAAAGACCUAGAGUGAAAUCACAAUUGACACGAAAGAGAAACUUACUGGAAAUCAAAGGUGGGAUAAAUGCAAUCGAGAAGGAAGAUGUUACUCAUAAUCGUGGGAUGCCUGUAAUCACAGAAGAGGAGAAUUCCAGUGAGGAAGAUCUUCCACGCCCAAAGAGGAGAAGAACCCGUUAAGAAAGGAUCAGGGUGAAGAAUUUCUUAUAUGAAUUAGACUGUCAAAUGUAUAAAUGUCUAACACAACUUUGUAAAUGGUUUGAUUUGGUCAUCUCUGUGCAGCCAUACCAAAUGAAGGCACAAAGCAAAAAUUGCUCUGACGAGAACUACAAGUUAUGUGGAACUAUAAAUAGGAACUUCAGCAUAUGUUGUGUAAUAUUACAACCCAGGUGAAGGUAGAGUGGAACAGAAACAUUUUCUCCAAAAAGUAAAGCUAAAUUAUGUGUGCCCUUGUACUGUGGAAUUGGUGGGGGGCAGAGAGCUGGGGUGUUUCAUUUUUGUUUUGUAUAGCUUUUGCCCCAUGAGUGCAUGUUUAUAACUUAUUCCUGGUUAAAGCAAAUAAUUAUCUUUUAACAGAAUCUUCUAAGAAUAUUGACUAUGUAUACUGUACAGAUGAGUAUUUUUGUAUUUGUAGUACUCCUACAACUUCUGACCAUAACUGUUACUUUUGUAUUGUUAAUCACCACCUAAGAUUACUAAGUGCAAUAAAGAUUUUACUAAAUUUGUAUGCUCCA